CUCCAAAGGUGGUCCAAAAGGCCGAUAGCAGAGUGCUGCGACCCUUGACUACAAUGUUGAAUGCACAGCAGAGUGCUGUGAACAGUACUGUCACAAGCACACCACUUGCAAGUCCCAUUGCAGUACAAAAUGACCAAGGCAAUGAGUCACAUAUGUCUCAUUGCACAAUAAAUGAUUCAGGCCCAACAAUGCUGCAACAAGUACCAGCUGCAACUGUACCACAAGAUGCUGAUACUGCAGCUGACAUAUUUCACCCACCAUCCAUGCCAUCACCUGAGGUAGGCAGGGCCCCAGUCUCAGCUGAAACUGGUUCUACUGCUGGAGCUGCAGUGGAUGGCGCAUCCUAUGUGAAGUUCUCUGAGGCUGGUGUUCAAGCCACCACUUCGACGGCUGAAGCUUCAGUGAACACCACGUCAUUGCUAAAGGACGCUGAAACCCAAACAGAUAUCACAAGCAGUGCAUUAAACAGCUUCGAAGGCGACAACCAGGCCCUACGUGCAGAGCUAAACGAAGUGAAGGGCUCUUUGCGUAGACUUCAGUUGUCUAAAGCUUCAUUGGAGCAAGACGACAACCGUGUAAAAUUUUACACUGGCCUACCAAGCUACACAGUUUUGAUAGCGCUGUUUGCGCUUCUCGAGAGUGGUGUGUCGCACAGCGCAAACAAUGUGCUUACUAAGUUCGAAGAGCUUGUGCUCACACUUGUGAGGCUGCGACUAGGAGUGCCCUUGCAGGACCUGGCGUAUAGAUUUGAGGUCAGCCAAGCCACAGCAACACGAGUAGUCAACCGGUGGAUCGCGGCCAUGCAUGUACGACUAAAACAGCUGGUGGACUGGCCCAGUCGUGAACAAUUGCAGCAGACCAUGCCAAUGGCCUUCAGAAAAGCAUUUGGCACGAGUGUGGCAGUCAUUAUAGACUGCUUCGAGAUAUUCAUUGAGCGCCCUUCGUCAAUGCUCCCUAGGUCACAGACGUGGUCGCGGUAUAAGCACCACAACACGGCAAAAUAUCUGAUAGGAAUAGCACCUCAGGGAGCAAUCACUUUCAUUUCCAAAGGGUGGGGAGGCAGGACAAGCGACAAGCUUAUAACAGAGUCGAGUGGAAUGUUGAACCACCUUCUCCCAGGUGACACGGUGCUCGCCGACAGAGGACUCACGAUUGGUGAUGCCGUAGGCAUUCAUCGUGCAUGCCUUGAGGUUCCUGCAUUCACAAGGGGCAAACCUCAGCUAUCAGCCUGGGAGGUUGAAAAAACUAGGAAAAUUGCGAAUGUGCGCAUCCACGUGGAACGUGUGAUAGGUUUGCUGAGGCGAAAGUACAAAAUUCUUUCAAGCACCAUCCCUAUUGAUCUGCUAGCAGUGCGAAGCGAGGACACUCUAACACAACUUGACAAAAUUGUUGCGGUGUGUGCUGCGCUGACAAAUCUGAGCAAAUCGGUUGUGCCUGUUGACUGAUCUGGAUGCGCCAAAUCUAAAUUUUACUUAAAGGGGUUGAGACACCAAAUUUUGAGGGUAUAAAAGGCCUGCUGCAGGCUUCCUCUGUAUGAAAGGACACUCAACAUGAAGUGUUCGACACAGCAAACGUGUUAAAUAUAUUUUAAUUUGCUUCCAAAGAGUGCCUAAAUGCUCGUUCUCGCGAUCGAGACCCAUCGCUAGCGCGAUUAACACCGACGUCACUGUGUUGGAAGCGUAACGUGUUUUAGUGACGUCAUACCACAUUAGAGCGACGUACGAUGAGCGGUUACCCACAGCACGGGGCAAGCCUCGAGUCUAGAGUGCAGUAUAAGCUGCAUCGGACGAAGACGCAGUCGGAAUCGGAGCUGCCGCAGCUAGCGAUGGCAACUGUCGGCGUGGGUUUGUUUGCUUGCGCUGGUACAAAACGUGUGUGCGAGAGCAGACGGUGCAGCAGUGCGUGCGUCACAGCCUUGUGGGCCCACGUGACCAAGCUUCCUAGCCAGUGACGUCACUGUCCAACUCGGCGCCGAGGAACCGAAAUUGGUGCACAUAAAUAAUGCGAUAUUAAAUUAUUUACCAAGAAUAUAUGAUCCUUCCAGCGUGUAUCAUGCUUUAUGGAGCAAUAAGAAACGUUUGAAACAAACAACGCGCAAGCCACAAAUUUGAUGUCUCAACCCCUUUAAAUGAAGGGGCCCUGCCACACCUAAGGAUCUGCCAUGUACUGCAACGGAAACAACUGCUGGUGUAAUGAAGCAGAGGCCGCCCCUGUGUAUGUGCCAACUGAAGAGGAAGACGAAGUAUCGUGCCGUGAUCGCGAGUGAGCCCCGUGCUACGAAAAGCCCUUGCAGUGCCUACCUUUACGUAACGUUAUUGCAACGUUAUCGGCAACAAUAAACCUCGUCGCACUGGAAAUAAAGUUAAUCUUUCCACCUAAA